AUGAUUCCUUCUGGCGGUAUUCCAGUCGGCGGAUGUAAUUCCUACAAGGGCAAACUCAACAAAUGGUGGGCAGACGCCAGAAAGCUCGUCGACGCUGCGCUCUUGUAUGCAGAAGAUGACAGCGUUGAUGGACCCGAAUACCUAUACACUUUCUUUGCGUUGGACCCCCCUCCUGCCGAUGCCCAGGAGAGAGCAACAGUCCGCGCUAGAUUGCGGUUGGUAAAAGAGUUUAUCGAUGGCGAUACACAGCUCCCAACCGGUAAACCUUGGCUAUUCUGCUCGAGCAGGUGGUUGAAGCGGAUGGACUGGGACGACGUGGCCUAUGAUAAGGAGACAGGCGACAAGUUUACAGGUGAUGACGCCAAGAAGGUACGAGAUGUAAUUGAUGAACCAACUCCACCUCCAGAUGAAGCAAACGAGCCAAAAGAGUUCCCAUAUUGGUCCUCGGAUCUUAAAGAAUACCUGAUAGAUGAGGCCGAUGACUAUUGUACGAAGAAGGUCGACGGAGUUAUCCAGCACUUUGGGGCUACUCACGAGGGUCCCGAGGAGAAGUGGAAAACAGUUACCAUCUGUGUUAGUAACUUGAGAUGGAAUGCUAAGAAUGACCAUCUGGCCCUUGGAAUAGUCAGGACGGAAGGCAAAAGUAUUGUGGAGUACAGAGCACAGUCUAUGACAUUAUUCCACGAACUCUUCCAUGUAGUCCUCGGGAACGCGAAUACCGAGGAGCACGAAAAAAGCUAUGACCUGCCAUAUAUUGCGAAUCCUAGGAGAGAGGAAGGUGAAGAUCCUGGCGAUGAAGAUCAAGACAUAAUCUCCACGCAGGAGGCCCUGUACAACCCCGAAUCCUACACACUAUAUGCUCUUGCUUCCCUUCUUGGACAGAAUAAUAAGGAUUAUACCUAUCUGACCAGAGUUGAGAGACGCCUCGCAAACGUGGAGCGCUUGUUCCACCAGCUACUCCCUGAUGUUGACAUCAAUGAAGCCCUGGCAUCGCGGGGCGUUGAAGUUCCUGCCGACGCAUCGCAGCCGAAUUCAUCUGUGUCGCUACCGAUAAAUCCUUCAUCACCUGAUACUCCAGUACAGGCCAGCGGUGCCAUUUCGGAUGCCGUGCCUGCAGAAAGUGAUGGCUUUGAUUGGCAGGAAGACGUGGACGAGCUGACUGAUGGAAUGGCUUCGUUAUCCGUUGAACCGAGAGGAGCGGGAUACUUGGGACCGACUGCUGGUGUCUUUUUCCUCAGAUCACUACUUCUCUGGACCGGUCAUUCCAGGCCCUUCAUGGGCAGUAGCCCUGAAUUACCACGACCGUAUGCUGGGGUGGAGUCUUCUUCCCAGCUAUCUAACUCGGUCACGUCAAGACAGGUUAUCGAACAAUUGGUAAAUGGCUAUUUUGAGGUCUACCACCGCAGCUAUCCCUUCGUGCACGAACCUACCUUUCGAGCCCAGCUUCACGAGGUCAUACAGCGACCGAAUCAACGCUCAUGGCAGAUGCUGCUCUACACCAUCAUGGCGCUGGGAGCGUGGUGCCUUAACAACGACAACUCUGAACUCGAUGAUGAGCUGUACCAUCUCGCGCUCUCUUUUGGAGACGCCGAGUGCUUGUUCGCAAGCGCAGAUUUGACCUUUGUCCAAGCUCUUAUCCUGUUUAGCAAUCUAAGCCAGAAGCGAAAUAAGCCCAACACCGGAUCUAACUUUCUUGGACUUGCCACGCGGAUGGCUCUGAGUUUGGGUCUUCAUAGAGAAUUGCCUGAGUGGAACAUCAGUCUCUUGCAGCGAGAGAUGCGCCGUCGUGUUUGGUGGGGGCUAUAUAUGUUUGACAGUGGUGCUUCGACGACCUUUGGGAGGCCGAUUCUUCUUCCGGGUGAAGAGGCCAUGGACGUGCGACCGGUUCUUAAUAUUGACGAUGAAGACCUUACGAGUGGAACAAAAGUCCCGCCAGAAGAGGUAAACAGGCCGACGCUGUACUCGGGCAUGAAGUACCAGAGUGAUCUACAUGUCAAGUCCAACUACAUCUCCAAUCGCCUGCUCUCAUCAUCAUGUGUGGCACCGGAAGACGCUCUAUCCAUGGAUGCAACACUGGAUAAGUGGUCUAGCACAUUACCAGAGUACCUAAGUCUGGAUCAUCAUGUGCCUUCAGCUGAGCCUGCGUUCUACUUCAACAAGUCACGCCUGUGGUGGCGCUUCUGGAACCUCAAGAUUAUCAUCUUCCGCCAAUUGUUUCUCAAGCGGGCAAUUGGCAAGGGAGAUCCUAGCGUAACCGUACCAGAUAACGAGGUCGAUGAAAAGUGCAUGAGCAUUGCAAUACGUGCUGCGAGUGCGACGAUAGAGUCGAUUGAUCAGUAUACGAAGGAGAGACAGAGAACCAGGCUUGUGACUUGGUACUCCAUCUAUUUCACAUUCCACGCUUCCUUGGUCAUCGUCCUCGCUAUCCUUAGUAACUCAGAAUCACCAGACAUGCCCAAGUGGCAGGAGGAUGUCAACACGGUCCGCCACAUCUUCCGAGGAGUAUUUGCGGACAAUGAGCUCGCAACCCGUUGCGCCAACAUCAUCGACGUUAUCUUACCAAACCCUCUAUUGACAACGAGCGACUGGGCAAAUGUCCAGCUUGAUCCUAUGUUGAUGGACUUUUCGACGUGGCCGGCGUCCUCUGCCGAUGAGUUUGCCAGUGUCCUCGGCUGGCCUGACUGGGCCAAUUUCACGCAGUAG